GAACUACGCACUAGAAAAUACACAUUCGCACAUGAAUAUCGUAUUUUWWAAAACACUUACAAUAUUAAUUCUAAAUUCACGCGACUCCAUUACGACAUGUUCGAYGUGAUUUCGAGUUUUAUCAUCGGACUGGUAACCUACGUGUACGUAUUGUACGCGGCGGUCUUUGUUUCGAUCGCCUACUACUUUUCGACGUCCACCCAUGAUAAAUGGCGCAAACUCAACGUGCCCUACAUCAAACCCUUACCGGUGUUUGGCAACUCGAUGAAAAUGGUCCUAUCCAAGGAGUAUCAGAUUGACUUUUUCUCGAGAAUUUACGACCGGUUUCCAAACGAAAAGAUUUGUGGUUUUUAUCAGAUGAACACGCCRUUCCUGAUGAUCCGCGAUCCGGAGCUGAUCAACAGAAUAAUGGUUAAAGACUUCUCGUACUUUACCGAUCACGGUUUUGAAAGUGACCCAUCGAUCAACAUCAUGGCCAACGCUCUGUUCAUGUUGAAUGGAGAUCGGUGGAGAAAGAUGCGACAGAAGCUCAGUCCCGGAUUCACAUCCGGCAAACUGAAGGACACGCAUAAUCAAAUCAAAGACUGCAUUGACCAGCUAAUGGAAGCCAUCGACGAAAAACUGCAAAACAGCGAUCACUUUGAACUAAAAGAAUUGGUUGACAAUUUUUCGACUGAUGUAAUCGGUAUGUCGGCUUUUGGUCUAAAAUUGGACAUGAUCAAAAAUGGAAAUAAGGACUUCCGCAGAUUUGGCAAGAAAAUAUUCCAAGCAGACUUGAAACAGCGCUUUAUCCAGGCUAUGCUAUUUUUCUGUCCAAAGCUGGUAAUUGCUCUUAAACUGAAACAGUUUCCAGAGGACGCUGCUGAAUUUUAUGCAUCUAUGUUCAGGGAAGUCCUCGAGUAUAGGGACCGAAACAAUAUCGUCAGAAAUGACGUCAUGCAAACCCUAAUACAAGCAAGAAAAGAUUUGGUGACAAAUGAUGAAGACCAAUGGACUGAAAUKGAUAUAAUCGGAAACGCGAUACAGAUGUUUGUCGGUGGUUCCGAAACGGUUUCUAUCGUGAUAUGCUUCUGUUUGUACCAAUUGGCAUUGAACAAAGACGUCCAAGAUAAACUGCGCGAAGAGAUCGUCACAACAAACGCGAAAAAUGGUGGACAGCUUAACAACAACUAUUUGAAAAAUCUCCAUUACAUGGAUAUGAUUUUGGAGGAAAUCUCGCGUAUGUAUACCAUCAGCAUUAACAUAUUAAGAAGUGCGACGAAGAAUUACAAAGUACCCGGUCAGUCAUUAGUCAUUGAAAAGGGACAAAAAAUUGUUAUUCCGUCGUAUUCCAUACACAAUGACCCUAAAUAUUACCCCGAUCCCAACACUUUUGAUCCUGAAAGAUUUUCAACGGAAGAAAAAACUGAGAACGAACGUUCGACGUCAACCGAAGAUAUUGGGGCAUAUUUGAAGCAACUUAGUAUUGUCAGGUUUUGA